GAGUGUGGAAUUGAACUCGUGCCAUUGUAGUGACUCAUCUCGGGCAGAGCUCAGGGGCUCCAAGCGAGCGGCGCUCUUCGGGGAGAGAGAAAAAGAGAGAGAGGCGCAGACGGGCAGAGGCAAGGCCCGGGCUGACCGGCGAGGCGGCCCCUCCGGGAGCUGGCGCCCGGGAGGAGUGCAGGGCCGGGGCACCCGAACUGCGGCGCGGGAAGCCGGGGCCGCGUCCCCCUCUCAGCGCGCACGGGCGGCUCAGUUCUCGUUCCCCGGGCCAUCUCCUCUGGCGCGUCGGGGCUGCGGGACAGGCGCCGGCUGCUGUUCUGCUCCUAGUCUGAGUGGCUUCGCAACUCGGGCGGCGAGUCUAGCCACAGGAAGUUUAUUCUGGGGCUCCUUUUCUAAAAGGAGGAAAUAGCAGAAGUUUUUCAAAGCGGACAGCCUUGCUUUUCUCUCUCUUUCAUUUUAUUUUUUGGCUUUCUCUGAAAUCCGGGGCCCCCAGACCUGGCCGGCAGGGCUCAUUGGGCCCCAAAUCUUUUUUAAUUUCCAAUUUCUGGUUUGGACAUCGCUGCCGGCUGGCCUCCGGCUGCGGGCGAGGGCGGGAGGGCUCGCGUGGGGGAGGGACCCAGGGACGCAAGGACUUUUUUAGAGGGAGGGACCGGGUGGACAACUGCUCCCGCGGCGCUUCCAGGGCAGCAAAGAAGUUCAGCGAGAGGCGCUCGGGGGACACUGUUCCCGCGGCCGUUGUUGCUACCUGCCGCUCCGCGCCCGGCGCUUCGGGGGACAAGCCCGAGCGGGAAGGCUAGACCCGAGGCACGGCCGGCCGGCGAGGAGCGCGCAGCAGCCAGUGCGCGGCCGCGACGAGGGCGGGGGAAGAAAAACACCCUGUUUCCUCUCGGGCUCCCAGCGCGGAUCAUGUACCACGAUUAUCCCGGGAACUUUGACACCUCGUCCCGGGGCAGCAGCGGCUCUCCUGCGCACGCCGAGUCCUACUCCAGCGUCGGCGGCGGCCAGCAGAAAUUCCGGGUAGAUAUGCCUGGUUCAGGCAGUGCCUUCAUCCCCACCAUCAACGCCAUCACGACCAGCCAGGACCUGCAGUGGAUGGUGCAGCCCACAGUGAUCACCUCCAUGUCUAACCCGUACUCCCGCUCACACCCCUACAGCCCCCUGCCAGGCCUGGCCUCCGUCCCCGGGCACAUGGCUCUCCCAAGACCUGGCGUGAUCAAGACCAUUGGCACUACUGUGGGACGCAGGAGGAGAGAUGAGCAGCUGUCUCCUGAAGAGGAAGAGAAGCGUCGAAUCCGGAGGGAGAGGAACAAGCUGGCUGCUGCCAAGUGCCGGAACCGCCGCCGGGAGCUGACGGAGAAGCUGCAGGCGGAGACAGAGGAACUGGAGGAGGAGAAGUCGGGCCUGCAGAAGGAGAUCGCUGAGCUGCAGAAGGAGAAGGAGAAGCUGGAGUUCAUGCUGGUGGCCCACGGGCCCGUGUGCAAGAUCAGCCCCGAGGAACGCCGAUCGCCCCCGGCCCCUGGGCUGCAGCCCUUGCGCAGUGGGGGCAGUGGAGUGGGUGCGGUGGUGGUGAAGCAGGAGCCCCUGGAAGAGGACAGCCCCUCGUCCUCCUCAGCAGGGCUGGACAAGGCCCAGCGUUCUGUCAUCAAGCCCAUCAGCAUCGCAGGGGGCUUCUAUGGGGAGGAGCCUCUCCACACCCCCAUCGUGGUGACCUCCACACCCGCCAUCACUCCAGGCACCUCAAACCUCGUCUUCACCUACCCCAGCGUCCUGGAGCAGGAGUCGCCUGCGUCACCCUCUGAGUCCUGCUCCAAGGCUCACCGCAGAAGCAGUAGCAGUGGGGACCAGUCAUCAGACUCCUUGAACUCCCCGACUCUGCUGGCACUGUAACCAGUGGACCUCUCCUCCCCAGCUCUGGAGGGGGGCCUCAUCACUGCCUCCUUCCUAGGGACCAGCACCUUCAAGCACUCCAGGGCCAUGAGGGCAACAGGGGCAGCCUGCCAGAGAGCUUCCUGGCUCUGAAGAGACCCAGAUGGGAUUUGGUCGUGAGGCACUGGAGGACCUUGGGAUGAUCUCUUGAAAGUCAUAGGACCUCCCUCAUUCAUCUUGCAAGCAAAUCCUGUUUCUUGAAAAGCCUCGGAGAACUUGGUUUGGUAGACUGUGAUGCCUCUGGCUUCUGAAGAGCCUGAAGCUGCCUGGACCAUUCCUGUCCCUUUGUAACAGCAUUGUCUCUGGAGUGAUGGUGUCCUGCCCCACCCCACCCAGCAUGCUCAGUGCCUUUUGGUUUCACCUUCCUUCUAUUGGCCCCUUCCUUUCCUCCAGUGUCAAUUUCACUCCUUCUUGGUUUUUAUCGAAUUUGCCAUGACAUUUCAUCUGGGUGGUCUGAAUAUUAAAGCUCUUCAUUUCUGGAGAUGGGGCAGCAGGUGACUCUUGUACAGGGGCUGGCUCGUCCAGCGGGGACAAUCAAUGUGCAAUACAGAGCCUUCCCUACCCUAACACUCCCCGGCCCACCACCACCUCCAGAACCACAACAGAGCUCCCUGAGCUGGCGUGGAGAUGCUGCCACCGUGGGGGGGCUCUGAGGACCCUUCCUCCCCAUCCUCAGAGACGGCUCUUGGUGAAGUGGCUUGACCAUAAAACAGGGUGUGAGUGAGAUAGCCAGGGCACAGGUUGGGUUUGCCAAACACCUAAUUACCAGGCCAGGAAUUGUGCCAACAAAGCCACACCGUUUGCUAGCUGGCUUCCCUUCACCCACUGUCUUAAGCUGAGCGGGGUGUUUCCUGUAAUUACUGCCUCGCCAUUCUGCCCCUGGACCCUUCUCUCCAGUCAGGGCAGACGUUCCUCUCUUGGAGCCACACAUCACUCCAAGUCCCUGCCCUUCCCCUCUCUGGCUCAGGUGAUGCCACCCACGGAAAUUUAAUGAGCGUGGGCCUAGACCCUCCUCAGAUUGUUGCCAGGUGGCCCCUCCCUAAGCCUCAAAGGAGCCUUAGCUGUGGAUGGAAAAGUGGGGAGAGAGCUGGGAGGCAGGUGUCUGGGAGGCGUUUGCUGCAGUAGCAGCAGCCCCAGCACCUGGCUCUCCCUGCCCUGGCUGCUCAUUGGUCUCAGUGAGGCACUGGGCCUUUCUACACUUUGUGGUCAUCUGAUACCUGAUGGGUUGAGUGCUUUCUCUUUUUCAUACCCCCUGCCCCUAGUCUUCUCUCUGGUCCAGUCAAUGACUUGUGAACAGCUGGCUCAGAGCUGUUGCUGUGGCUUAUGCCCGAUUCCUGGUUGUCAGUGGAACCUUCCCCGGCUGCUGAAAUCUGAGACGUGUUGCUACCCACUGCAGGAGAGCUGCCCCUUCCCACAGCGGGGGUCAAAGGAAAGGUCUCUCCCUGGCCUCCCAGCAUGAACACAGCUUGGCUUGGCCCUGCCUCCCCUCUGAGCCCUUUUCUCUGUAGGCAUGGCUCCUGCUGACCUUCUUGUCCACAUUGUCCUGGGAAGCAGCUUCUGGUCAAAGUUGGCUCUGCCGGCUAGUGCUCUGAGGGAGACUCUGCUAUCGGUGAUUCAGCUGUAGAGGUGAUUGUAUGAUAAUGUAAAACUGAGUAUCUAUUAUUUAAAUCAAACCCAGUGUGGGUUAAAUUAUAAAAUUAGACUCUGGAGGGAGCAGUGAGACCCUCGCUUGGCUGCUCCUCUCCCGCAGGGAGCCUCGUGCGUGCUUGUUGUUUAAUGUGCAUUAAACACUGAGAUGGGACAGCCUGAGGACUUAGAUACACAUCCCAGGAUGACCGAGCAAGGCAUGUGGAGGGAUAGACGCUGCUGAGGGAGGAGCUUUUGAUAAAGAAUUUUGUUCAAAAACUUUAAAAAAUGUAUUCCCACAUUUCCUCACCUGCGGUGCUGCUCUCCUGGUUUCUCAGAGGCUCUGGGAGGGGUGCUUCUAAUGAGACUGGGCAGUUGGGUGUCUGGCUUCAGAUUAAUCAGAGAAGCAGGAGUCAGCCAGGAGUAGGAGGAGACGGGGAAAGAAGACUGGGUGUCCUCAGCUCUGAGAGGCUUCAUCAUCUCAAGUAUUUGUAGCUGAGUGGGAGCUAUUUGCGUCUUUGCGCGUACAUAUAUUUGUUUCUUAAAUGAAGCUGCUUUCUGGUCUUUUCUUUCUAAAGGUCUCUUUAUUACCCACUUUGCACAGCACUGAUGCUAAGCUUGGUCACAGUCUGUGACUUGGGGCCAGACUGGACUUUCCUAAGACAGAGUUUGGCUUUAGUUCAGGUCUCAAGCUAUGUUGACUUCAGGACCAACAGGGUUGCCAGAGGCCUCUGAGCUGCCUUCCUAUUUGGCUCUCUCUGGCUUUGUUCUUAGGAGGGAUUUCUCAAAAAAAAAAAAAAAAAGCUAGAGGUUAUUUGGGGAAAGGCUGAAUUUACACCUAAGUCAUGAACAUAUCUACAGUUUACUUCCUUCUGGCGAGCUCUCCAAGUUCACAUACACCUGCAUCCUUGCUCCAGAAUCACCUCCUUUGUGGCUCCAUCUAAGGGAAGAGCUGGAGGCGGGGUGCAUCCGAGCUUGGUCUGGGACUGCCGUGCACCCCCUGUGCUCCAGCCGCAAGGCAGCUGGUGUGGACUCCGGCUGGGCUGCGGGCAGCUCUGGGAUGGCACAGGGGAGGCACUCCUUGCUGGGCCACCUGGCUGGCCUCUCUGGGAACAGUCCUCUCUCAGCUGGGUGGGUGGGGACAGCUGCCAACACAGGAAAGGAAAGAGAUCUCAGGUGAAGCUUUGGAAAUUGCCGGAGCCAACUCCAAGCAGCGAAUUCACUGGGGAGGCUUUCAGAAAGAGACCUUGCCUGUGCAGAAGGCCAGGCAUGUCCCCUGGGUCCGUCACACAAGCAUCUCAAAGCCAAGGGCCAUCAGAAGCUGCAGCUUCUCUUAGCAGGCUGUGGGGAAAGGAGUCUUGUCUCUGCUGCUACUUGGCUACAAGUGGAAAGUGGGCUGGACUCUAUGGAGCAUUGAGACCUUUCUCCCCUUUUCUUGAUGGACCAACAGUGCUCCUUGAAAUCUCCCCACUUACCUUUCAGGUUGAUUUUCUUCGCUGAUCAGACAACCACAUUGCCCCUUGAGGAAGGAAAAGAAUAAGCACCUACUAUGUGUCAGGCACUGUGUUAGGCACUUUUAAAUACCCUCCUUAGGAAGAUAGUAAGGGAUGAGGGCACCCCUUAUGAAAGGUCCCCAAGUAAUUGAGGAACUACUACAAAAGCACUUGGAAGUGAGAAGGUCUUUCUCAUUCUCUUUUCUGAGGCAAGAUUGCCUUCAGCUUGAGGUUUGUUCUCAAAUAUCUAUCCCCUACAAUAUCCACCACCUCCAAACUUUUCCCUCUUGUCCCUCCACCCCUGUGAUGUGCUCCUUUGACCUCCAUAGAUGGUGGGAGGCGUCACAUGAGUCCUUAUAGAAUUCGUGGACCAAUAGAAUACGUGGUGUGUAGAACUUUUAAAAACUGAAGUAGAGGGGUCUUGCUGCUUUCUGCUUGUUAAGUCUUCUUGGGCUUCAUCUUAAAAGCCAGCAUCUCGCUAUUUAUUGACAAAUUGGGGUAUGUGUGUGUAUGUGUGUAUGUGUACAUUUCCAGGGGUGUCCCUGUCCUGCAGCUUUUUAAAAGGAAACCCAGCCAUCCCUCUACUAAUUUGACAUCUUCUCAUGCUUCUAGUGUUUUGGCCAUACAGCAACAAAAGGUUUUCAUUUUCUAAUGCUGACUUGUUCAGGAGGGGCUAUGUCAGAUUUUGAGGGAGGCAUGGGGAAGGGUAGGGGUGAAGAAAUUGACAUUUAUUUUAUUAUUUAUUUUAAAUGUUUACAUCUUCUUUGUGUUACACCAAGCCUGAAUAGAAACAGAUAGCAUUAAAAUAGUUCCUCUCUCCCCCUCUUCCUUCUUUAUCUUUUAAAAUUUCGGCUAAUGACGCUUUUUUGUUUCGAAAACAAUUUGUGAUUUGUGCUGUGUACACUAUGAAAAGCUUCUGUUUUCAAAGAUGAGUGUCAUUCUUCUGGGGACAGUGGUCACAGAGAAGUCUGCAGGAUGAGAGAACACAGCGCAGGACCCUGCCCUGUUCCUCCAAAAGUUGUUUUCUCUGUAUAAUUAAAAGUUUAUUCCAUUUAUUUUAGUUUGUGGUUACUUGAUGUUGAGGAAGAAAAUAUUUGACUUUGUAUAGACAAUAGGUAUCAGGGUGUUGUUUUCUGUUGUGGGAGAUGUAUAUAUAGUAUUUUGGUAUAUAGUGGGAAAUCAUACACCUUGUGUAUCUGUAUCCGAGGUAUGUCAGUGAUGUGGACUGAAGUCUGCUAUAAGACCCUGGGGGCAAGCAAGUUGUAUGAGAUUCAUAUAGCUCUAUGGGGAACUUAAUUACCUUUCUGAGCACCACUUUUUUUUUUUUUUUUUAAAGUAGUAGUGAAAUGGUCCCAGUGGAGAGGCUCCUGAAUAGGCCUGUCAAGACAGGACCGUGAGUUCAAAAGUCUUUGUAUAGUUUUGAAAAUUGAGGAGUAUUUCUGCUCGGAAGCAUCUCUGAUGGUAUUUUUUGUUGUUGUUCUUUAUUUUGUAAUUUUACUGUAAUACAAGCCUACAGUAUUUGCACUAAA